GCGCGGGGCCGGAACGGCAGGGGAAGAUGGCGGCGGCGGGCGGGGGCGGCGCCGCGGUGUCGGUGUUGGCGCCCAGCGGGCGGCGGGUCACGGUGCGGGUGGGGCCCGGUACGGUCCUACUCCAGGUCCUCGAGGAGGUCUGCAGGAAGCAGGGUGGCAGCCCUGGCGAGUACGGCCUGAAGUUUCAGAGGAAUGUUUUGGACCUAUCUUUGCAGUGGAGAUUCGCUAGGCUGCCCAACAAUGCCAAACUGGAGAUGGUGCCAAUCUCCAACAGAGCAGGAGCUGGAACCACGGUUCGGAUAGCAUUACAACUAGACGAUGGCUCUCGUUUGCAAGACACCUUCCUCUGCCAACAGACCUUGUGGGAACUUCUCAACCAUUUUGCAAAGAUCAGGGAGCUGAUGGAACAGCACGGUGAAUUGUCUCCGGUCUGUAUUUACAUGCGAGAUGAGAUAUCAGGAAAAGAUGCCCUGGAGAAGACAACACUGAAAUCGCUUGGCCUGAUUGGAGGCAAUGCCAUUGUCAGAGUUGUCAUGAAGAAAUGCAGUUCAUCUGGUGAGGCAGAAGUUGUGGGUGCCACAGUGCCUUGUAAUGAGCCAACAGUGAGGCGAGACUCUAUGGAAGAAGCAGCGGAUGUGCCUCUACCUCAAGCAAACACAUUUCCAAAGGACUUGGAGCACAGGGAUGUGGCUAUAUCUUUAAACAGCAGCACACACAAGCAAGACUUUAUUAAAGAUUCUCAUGCUAGCUUGGAGGAGCUAUGGCAUUCUCCAGAGCCUGAACCUAUCCCAUUUGUCCCUUUUUUCGGAGAUGGAGAGCAUCUGGGGGACUCUCCUGUAGCUGUACCAUCUUCAAAGUUGCCAACAGCUUUUUCCAGCCCUGGAGGCCCUUCUAAGCCAAAGAAGUCUAAGAACAGCCAAGAACUGCAAAAGGAGCAAGAACAGCUUGUAGAACGUGAGCCCCUUAUAUGUCACCUAGACCUACUGGAACAAUUUUCUGAUGGCCCAGAAGAGCUUCCUGAUGAAUUUUUUGAAGUCACAGUGGACGAUGUACGGAAACGUUUGGCACAGCUGCAGAACGAGAGAAAACGUCUGGAAGAAGCUCCAUUGAUGACAAAGUCUUUGAAGGAGUCCCAGCUGAAGGAGAAGUUGGAGCGUUACCCAAAGGUGGUGUUGAGAGUUCGUUUUCCAGACCGCCAUGUUCUACAAGGGUUCUUCCAUCCCACUGAAACUGUUGGCAUUUUGAGAAACUUUGUAAGAAGCCACCUUGCCGAUGCAGAGCUGCCAUUUUACUUGUUUGUUGCACCUCCCAGAAUCGUCUUGAACGAUGAAAGUCUGACGCUGUUUGAGAUCUGCAUGGACCAUUCCAGACUGAUGCACCAGAGAUCAUUCAGACUAAAGGCUCAUGCAAACAAGGGAAUUCUUCUUUGAUUCCCCUGAGGGAGCAGAAGAGCUGGGGUGGGGAGGGGGAUAGAGAAAGGGACUUUUCAGACAGCAUGGUGAAUUAGGUAGUGAUUGGCAUGCCUCGGAAGUUGUUUGCAGUGGAGUUUUCCAAGUCUCACAUCUUCCCGACCAGGCCGUGUGGAAGAAAUACACAUGAAGAUGCUUUUAGAGGUUUGAAUGUUCGGAUAUGUAUCUGCCUCCUGUUGAUCCCCUGAUGCUGGUUCUGGUCUCCUUUGUUAACUUUGGUCUGUUUUCUAAAAUGUUCUAAAUCUUCUGCUUACCUCCGUUUACCCCUUGCCUGCCUCCCCGCCCUGCAGUGCUGUUCUUUUAUUUUCUCUUCCUCAGUGCACAUCUUGUAUUUCUCUUUGAAAUAAGAAGCCUUAUGGCAGGAAUUUUGUUUAAUUUGCUGUGUUAAAGCCUUUGUUCUGUACCUGGCACCACUACUGGUGCUUGUUACACGUGUGGCAUUUUCCUGGUUUCCUAGUUGUGACAUUUACUAUGAAAUUCAUUCUCGUGGCAGGUCCCUGAAACAUGAAAACAUGUUCAAUUAGUGCUCUUUAAAGAUUUGGAGGUGCCUUACAGCUCAGUCUUAGGGAUUUCAUUAGAAAUCACAACUUUGUGAAGAACCUGGUCAGUUUUAGUGUCAAACAUCUCCAGUCUGCAGUGGCCUUCCGUGGACUGCAGUGCUUGUUGUGGCACAUGGCAAAGGUGCAAAGCCUUGACUUUGGUACAGAACUGGGACUGUUCAAGAUGCUAUGCUCCAAAAUGGAAAGUUCUUUGCAAAUGAACUGUUUUAGGGAAAGGUUUUUUCCUCAUUUCUCAUAUCCUCUCUGUCACCGUGAAAGAGGAAUAAUGUCCAACUAAGUUAAAGGGUGUCAAAUCCAAACUUGAUUUAAGAUACAUUUUAUUCAUGCCAGAUGUAAUCACACCAUAGUCAAAUUAAACUAGUGGUUAUGUUGAGAAUUUGGGUGUAAUUAAGUAAAAUGGAAUUUUUAAACACAAUCUUAAUUAUACAGAAUCAGUACAAUUACUUGCAAAAUGUGGAAAGCAAGUAAAAUCUCAUACUUAGAAUAUUUUUAGGGAUUGUAACAUGACAUUACAAAGAGAUUAUUGUCACAUUAGUUAACAGUUGGAUGACUUUGCAUUUUUGGCUUACCCAGCUGGCUCAACAUAGGUAACUGUGAUGAUGUGCCGGGAAAGUAAUUUGAGCUUCGAACACAGCUCAGUGAACUCUUGUGUUGAUCAUUAUGGCUUUGGAGCAAAGUCUUAAGGUGAUGAAAUCAUCAGCUCAUUACUGAAUAGGAGUCAAAUCAAAAACAACUUCCCUCCGAAGCAAAGUAUUCAGAACAAACUAGAGAACUUUGCUGUGUAUGGACCAGAGUUUGUCUGAAUAACAUCCAGAUCUGGUCUCACAGAUCUUCAAAAGGAACUGGUGAAGGUGCAGAGAAGGAGAAUGAGGUUCAUCAAAGAUCUGCUGUCAGAGUCUCCUGUCCAAAGAAAGACUGAGUAGGUUGGGACUUGCCAGUCUGUAAAAGAUGUGAGUGGAAAGGGAAUGCCAAGGAGAAGCUGAAUGCAUUGAGUUCUUGUUCUUGAGUAUGAGUGAGUGGCGUCAAGCGAGGCAAGCAGGAGCUAGAAUAGAUCAAAGAAGGUAGUUGUUCGUGUGUCAGAAAACUGAGGCAUAGAAUUCCUUGUCACAGGGUGCUAUAUACUAAAAGCAUAUACUGAUUUGAGAGAAGUUUGGACAAGUUUGAGGAAGAUAUUUAGUAAGUGUGUCUUAAUAUAUAGAAACCUUCUCAGGAAGAUUCUAAACUGCAAAUCAUUGCUGUCACUUAUAAGCAAGGAUACUAUUUUCAGUUUGUCUGGUUUUUGUUCACUAUUAAGGUACUGGCUGGAUUGAAUGAACUACUGCUCUGCCUGUGGUUCUUCUGUCUUUGGUCGAGCUGUGUUUAAUGCCAGUGGCUGUGUAGCCUAUGUGCCUUGCUUGGGGCCCUUCAGCCCUUUCAGGUCAUGGUCUGUUAUGGCAGGAAUGAUUCUGUGUGCUUAUAAACAUUUUACUUGGAUGAAGCAUCAAACACGAAAAAAACAAUUCCUGAUGAGAACUUGUCAUGCUGUUCUGGUUAUCCAAACUGCUGUCAAAGAACACAGAACUCUGACCUGUGAGGAUGGUGCCUUAUUCCAGUUUGGGCUGGCUGAUUCUGGGAGAAGCUUUGCUGCCAUUAACCAAUGUAAAUCCUUAUUCUUCUUUAACUUUCACCAUGUUAGGGCAGGCCCCGUGCCAUAAUUUUCCUGCUCAGAUAAGUUUCCUGUUCUGCUGGGGACUGGGUGCCUGGAAGGAAGGGGCUGGAGGGCCUUUCUUCUCUGGACAGAAUCAGGUGUGGAAAUCCCUGCAGCUGUUGUGUCCAUGCCCACUCUGUCAUUGUUGGAUGCCAAGUUUAGAGGCAUCUGUUCUCAAGGAGGCUGCACUGCCUGAGCCUAGGGGCUCUCAGUAAAAAUAACCCUGGCCCAGAGUAGGAAUGAAAGAGCUGGGGGUGCGAUCUGCUCACUGCUUCUCACAUGAGCUUGUGGCCUUCUAAAAAUCUUCAGUCAGGAGGUUUGUGUGGGCCAAGGGUUCCUGUUGGCUGCGAGACUGAGUGCUGCAGAGCAGGCUGCAGUGUCUGACUGUGCCCUGGAUGGGGCUGGGCUCUGCGCAGGGGGGUUUGUGGAGACGUUUCCCUUUUCAUUCAUCUUGUGCUCCGUGGAAGGGAAACAUCUUGUACUUUAGGCAGAGCUCCCCUCCUAGUCCCUAAUCUGGAAGGAGGGAUCUAAAAAGACAAAGCUGUUCUGUAAAGAUAGGAGGGAGAUGCUCGAGGUACUUUGUAAAGUAGUGUGGCAUCAGGGCUGCAGCACCCCUGUAGUGAGAAAGCUUGUUCUGGAAUAACAGUGUUUGGUGCAUGUGAAUGUGAAUGAAGUGCUGUGGAAUAUGAAGUUCCUCCAGACAUAGUAGGAAAAAGAGAGCUUGGGUAAAGUAACAGUACAACUAAUUGCUCAAGGUUUGUGAUGUAUCUUUUUUGGGUUUGGAGGAUGUGUGAAAGGUUUGGGAGGAAGUUUGUCUUUAGCAGUAAUACAUCUCUUUAAGGGUUCAGGUUGUAUCAUGCAACUGCCAAUACUCACCACUUUUGCCCCAAGUCAUGUUAGCUGUGGUCUCUUGGGAUGCUUGGCACCUGAUGUGCUCCCCUUGCAGAGAUGCCUGCACAUAACCUGACGCUUGAUUUUUCCAAAGCAGGUACUACCAUAGUGUAUCUAGCCAUUCAGGAUUUUUUUUCAACAUUUAAUUUUCAUGUUAUUCCAGGUCCUAAGUUAGCAGUAGGCCAUCAUCUACUCUACAGACUAUGUUGGUGUUCUUGCUAAGGAAAAAUGGAUGGUGUCUGAGGCAGUAAUGUGAGCACAUUUGAGCAUUCAAAUAUUUAUGAAUUACUGAAAUUUGUGCUGAAGCCAGUAACAGAAGAGACUGCAGAUGGUGGAGUACCAUAUUACCAAUACUUCUGCUCUUUCCACCUUCUCCCUCCAUUCAAGCUGGCAAGUUUGGCACCGCAUUCAUUACAUUUGAUCACUUACAAUGAAGGAAGAACCUUUAUGCUGCUAGCAAAAUCAGGAAAAAAGACAAAUGUUGACUUGUUUGCCAGGAUACUUGGACUGAAAGAACUGUCUGAAGUGAAUUCUCCCAAAAUCUGUGUGUAUUUACAGUAUAGUGAACACACAGAUUGGCAGCAAUGUGGAGUUUUUGGAACCCAUAAAGACUUCAAGGCAUUGCUUUGAUUUUUUGUUGUUGCUGUUUUUGCUGGCGGCCUUCUCCUCAUGUCCCUUGAAGUGUUUUAUAAUGUUCUGCUCUCCAGAGCUGAUCAACCGCAGGCUUCCCUCUUGUAGCACUUGGCUUAGGGUUCUUUAUAGCUUCAGUGGCUUGUUUGUGUUUUUUCUAGGCAGUCUGAGCUUUUCAGAGUUCCUUCUUAGCUUCUUUCUCCUCCCAGAAACAGGCGGUUUUGUAGUUGCGUUUCUGGGGUGGGUUAGUGGAAAAAAAUCAUUGAUUGCUGUGUUAAUACUAGGAAAGAUUUAGCAGAAAGUAGGAGUACCAGUCAUUGGAAAAGUGGAGGCAGCAGAGAGGGCAGGAGGCCAUCCUCUGUUUACAGAGGAGCUAAAGGAAUCCACAGGCUUCCACGUAAAUAUUUAGGUCUUCUAGUCAGAUCUUAGAGUGCACUGAGCAUUUAUUGUCGUAUACCACAAGGCAGAAAUCCAGAUGAGCUGUUUGUUCCUUUUUUUGACUUUGGUUCUCUUUCCAUAUCCUAUUUGUUAAUGCCAGUUUGGGCAGUGUAUCUGGCAUGCUUGUUCAAUCAACCUGACUACAACCCAGGCAGUAUGAAGCCUUCUCUUUUGGCAAGAGUCUGAAUGCAGUUUCAGAAAAAAUGGCUUCAUCAGAGUCAGUCCAUCAGAGGCAUUUCCUGUGGCAAGUCUUAUGGUUAUUGUACUCAGUAGCAAAGAGAAUUGCAAUUAAUACUGAAAUUCAUCCAGCACAGAGGAUGGCAUUCACCUGAAAGCCUUAGUCUUCUUCAUCCAGGAUUUUAUCAUCUGACUGCAUUUGGAAGCAAUCUCACUUUCUCUUUGUGAUGAGGUCUGUUACGUAUGCUCACAGAGACUGUCCAUGCUUGCCUCGUGAUGCUGGCCUUGAGGACAGCUGGGUUCUUCUGUCCCAAUGAGAGGCUGCUUGCACAAGUGAACUAGGAAUUGAAAUCCUGCCCAAAAUCUUCACUGCUACUAUCAGUUUUGAAGGCCAGAUCCUUCUGAUCUGAGCUAUCAAGGUCUCAAUUAAUGCUCUUUAUACUUGGAUUCCUUCAUAAGUAGCCUUCUCAAAACAGUGUUUUAAAGUCUUAUCUUUGCCUUAUCUGCCCUAGCUGGAUCAGACCUCCUCCAUGUUGGCCACAGAAUAUCCAUCUCCUCUGGCAGCUGAAGUCCACAUUGGGCAGCUUUGUUGUCAGGUUAUAAACGUGAGCUGUUUGAUCUGCCUCUUUCACCAUGACUGUGGUGUUUAUUUCUG